GCGGGCCCAGGUUUGCUGUCGGAGGAACUGGCCGGACAGACGGGGCGUAGACGGGACGUGGGUGGGACGGGCCAGGCUGAGGAAGGGAGGGCGGCUCUGGGCCGGCCCGAGGAAACCCUGGCGAGUUUCACGUGUAAGGAAAUGACGAGGAGGAAGCGCUGGCGUUGGGCCGGGCGCUGCAAGGACUCGCGGUUCCCCAGCGCCCAGCGCUGCCCCGGACCCCAGUCCCAGCGCCCAAGAGUUGCUGGUGUACACCGGCUCCCAGCGCCCAGGGAGGUGUGCCCGCCACCCGGCCCCCUCGCCCGGCUGCUACCUACCCGCUAGCGAUGCCCAUCCCACACCUACACUCCAUGCUGGAGUUCGUCCCGUUCCUGCUGAUCCUGGUCUUCAUCUACACGCAGCAGCCCGACCCCGACUACAAGAGCGUCUGAGCCGUCUCCCGGGCCCGGGGCGCCCGGCGCCGCCGACAGACCCCUUCUGUCUCAUGACCCCAAGCCCACAACCAUGGAAAACUCAUCCGCCGAGGAUUACAAGAUCCAGUCAUUCGAUGCUGACACACAGUGGCUGUUGAAGAUGGCACUGAAAGAACCGGCUUCAGUAGACUUGGAGAAAGUGGCCUCUGUGAUCGUCGAGCAGUCCAUGAAGGACCUGGUGUUCAGCAAGGAAGCCGGACGCAUCUGCUACACCAUUGUCCAGGCUGAGAGCAAGCAUGGCGGAAACAGUAACUUCCGCCGGUACAUCCUGAAUCGGCUGCAGCAGGAGUUCCUGGCCAAGGAGCAGGUGCGGGAUCGCUCGGUCAAUGCCUGGGUCUGCCUGGUCACCUUCAUCUGCAACGUGUUUGAUUACCUGAAGGUGAAUAACAUGCCCAUGAUGGCGCUGGUUAAUCCCGUGUUUGACUGCCUGGUGCGCCUUGCCCAACCCGACGCUCUGCAGAAUGAAGAGGAGGUCGACUGCCUGGUGAUACAGUUACAUCGCAUCGGGGAGCAGCUGCAGCGGGCCAGCACCCAGCGCAUGGACCAGCUCUUCUGCCUUCUGCGAGACGGCUUCCUGCUCCAGGACCGGCCCUCCUCACUGUCGCGGCUCCUGCUGCUGGAGAUCAUCGAGUUCCGGGCAGGAAACUGGAAGAUGUCGGACAGUGCCCAGAAGUAUUACUACAGCGAGGUGGCGGACUGACAGCCACCAGGGGCUGAUCGAAGCCUGGACUCCAGGCAGACUUUCAGCAGCAAGAGAUGCUGAGCUUGCGGUGAUUCACCAGGCGAGGGAGCUGUUGAUCCAAAUUCCCACGCGAGCAUUUAACUCUUUUUGAUAACACAUUUUAACACUUAACUGAACAUUGAGUGGUCGUGGAUGUAGGCUACGUUUUGCUCAGCUGCUGAUAGUCAAGCUUCUCCCUGUUUCUGCCCACUGCUUGUGGCGGUCUGAUGCAUUGCUGCUACUCACCCGUGCAGGGUGCAUUGCAUCUGCCCAGUCCUAUUGCAUUGCAUUACAUCCUGGUGCAUUGCAUCUACCCAGUCCCGUUGCAAGCGGUGUCGAUCUGAACCUGAUUGUUGGGUUUAGAGUCAUGUAUUAAAGGGACCUGUCCCACUUAGGAGACCUAAACAGCAACCUCUGGUGACCUUGCCCGCCACCCAAAAAAAAUCAAGGUCGAGGUGACCUGCAACCUCCUACCACCUCCCACGCAUGUGUUGAAAACCUUCCUUCGACCAUGAAGAAAACCUCCUUCAACCUACAGCGACCUCCUUCGACAAUGUUGAAAACUGGCUUCGACCUUGCACGUUUUACUCGAGGAUGGUCUCUGUUAAAUUGGUCCGCGAUUGAACAGCGCCCCCUUCGACCUCAAACAACCAAACUGAAAACCAACAAUGACCAGCGUCGACUGGUUACAGCUCAGAUGUCAUGAAUGCACGGGCUAUAUCUGUGGUGCAGGAGGCAAUGAUAAAAUGAUGUCAUGAAUGCAUUUUUUUUCUUACAAUAAAAGCCUCCCAGAUU